AGUGCUUUGUUACAUAAAAUUAUUGAAGCUGAAAAUCCAGAACCAGGAGAUGUUCGAGCUUUAUGGGAUAAAAAUUUCAAUGCCAUGUCUGAAGAUUUUGUAAGAAAAGAUAUUCUGAAUAGUCAGCUUCUUAUCAACACUGUUCUUCUUCAAAUUAAACAAAUUUUAGAACAACAUAACAAGUGUUUAGAUGAAUAUAAUCUUCUGUCUCUAGAUUUACUUAGUAAACAAACUAAGGAACAAUUUUUAAGAAUAAUAUUAAAAGAGUUAAAUAUUCAAGUUUAUUCAUGUUCUUAUAUUGCACUUGCAAUAGUGUCAUCUAGAAUUGCCAUGCUAAUUAUGCCUGGAGGGCAAACUGCCCAUUCUCGGUUCAACAUACCUCUAUCUCUUCAACCUGAUUUGAUAUGUACUAUUGAUUUAAUGGAAUGUAAUAUUUUAUUUAGUGGAAAAAUUGUAGUAUUUGGUGGAAAUUUCCAUCAACCUAACAUAAAGGUUUUUAAACUUUAUAUAAAAGUCAAUAAUGAUCAAGAUAAUGAGUAUUUUAAAAACUAUUUGUUAAAUAUUGGAAAUAGAACUGAACCUAUAGUUGAUAACAACAUGAUUUGUAUUCUGGAUAAUAUG